AUGGCCUCCCAAGAUGGACCCGACCAUGGAGAUUCUGAAUCAAGGCAAAAUGCUUCCUCUAGAGGACAAGAACGUGCAAGUGAGGAAGCCUUCACCCUCACUGAUCUCAUCACGGCUAUGCAGGCCAUGGGGGAAACCCAGAAGGAGAUGAUGGACACUAUCAACUUGUCCAAAUGUAUGACAACAAGUCCUUAUUAA